GGGGGCGCAGUUGCCGGGCCGCGGGGCUGCGGGACGGACCGGGCCGGGGGCCGCGGUGGCACCCGGCGGACGCCAUGGACCUGCUCUCGGCUCUGAGCCUGGGCGAGCUGGCGCUCAGCUUCUCGCGGGUGCCGCUCUUCCCCGUCUUCGACCUCAGCUACUUCAUCGUCUCCAUCCUCUACCUCAAAUAUGAGCCAGGAGCAGUCGAGCUGUCCCGGCGCCACCCCAUGGCGUCCUGGCUGUGCGCCAUGCUGCACUGUUUUGGGAGUUACAUUCUGGCCGACCUGCUCCUCGGGGAGCCCCUGAUCGACUACUUCAGCAACAACUCCAGCGUCUUGCUGGCCUCCGCCGUCUGGUACUUGAUUUUCUUCUGUCCCCUGGAUCUCUUCUAUAAGUGUGUCUGCUUCCUGCCCGUCAAACUCAUCUUCGUGGCCAUGAAGGAGGUGGUGAGAGUCCGCAAGAUCGCCGUGGGCAUCCACCACGCACAUCACCACUACCACCACGGCUGGUUCGUCAUGAUCGCCACAGGGUGGGUCAAAGGCUCUGGUGUCGCCCUCAUGUCCAACUUUGAGCAGCUGCUCCGAGGGGUCUGGAAGCCAGAGACCAACGAGCUCCUGCACAUGUCCUUCCCCACCAAGGCCAGCCUGUACGGAGCCAUACUGUUCACCCUCCAGCAGACCCGCUGGCUCCCCGUGUCCAAAGCCACUCUCAUCUUCAUCUUCACCAUGUUCAUGGUGUCCUGCAAGGUGUUCCUGACGGCCACUCACUCUCACAGCUCCCCUUUUGAUGCCCUAGAGGCCUACAUCUGCCCCGUGCUGUUUGGGGCGGCCUGGGGGGGUGACCAUCACCAUGACAACCACGGAGGGUCCCACGGCGGUUCCCACGGCGGAGGUGGGCCGGGCGCCCAGCAUUCAGCCGUGCCCGCCAAGUCCAAGGAGGAGCUGAGCGAGGGCUCCAGGAAGAAGAAAACCAAGAAGGCGGAUUAGGGGCUGGCCUGAGGGGCACCGGGGAGAGGACCCCGACCCAGGACCCUCUGAACCGAGAGGUGUCCUGGGCUCGGAUCUGCCCUUUCCUGGCCUGGCUGCCCCCAUCUGUGAGUUGCAGCCAUCCUCCCACCCACCAGGGCUGAUGUGGGGUUAACGGAGGGUCCCGCUCUCUCUCCCAGGCCCCCACAGUCACAGCCUUUGGGGGGCGGGGGGCAGCCGGUGGAAUCCCAGCAGCAGGUCCAGCCAGAAACCCCAGCCGUUAGAUUCUCGGUUCUAUUUUUCCUCUUCUACACUUGCGCCCUGACUCCGAAAGACUCUCAGGCCACGUCGAGACUCCUUCAUCUGAUGGACAUUUCCGAAGUACCUGCGGUGAGGCCGGGGCUGUGAUCGUCAAGCCUCUUCUCACCCGCCGUGGCUAGACUUUCUCCCGUGCCCAGAAAGUUCCCGCUCCGGCAGGGCGUCCCUGGGCAGGUGACCUCCCUGCUCUGACCUUCCCGUUCCCCACCCGUGUAGCAGAGGCCCGUGGCUCUGCUCCAUGUGGAAGGGCUGCGUGAGGCUGGACGUGGAAAGGCUUUACCCAUUCAUAGACGCCGUGCGGUCGGGAGGGGAGGCCAGGACGGUUGUGAAUUACCAUCGAACUUGGCUUUGCACAUUGGAUCGUUUGUGCCUGUGGAUCAGAGAACCUCUCAAGUCACCCAGCACAAAGGAAGCCCUCGGUAGACACAGCUGGGGCAGGCUGGAGCGAGCACAGUGUGCAUGAGGCUUAUUCUGAUCCGUUGCCUUCAGGCUGCCCUUAAACCAAAGACAUGCAGCCGGCUGGGCAGGUUUCCAAGAUCCAGCUUCACCAAGGGGCUCCAUGCGCUCACGCUGGGACCUGAAAGUAGUAGUCCUGCCUCGUGUUGGAAGUCCACUGUUGCUCGUUCAGUCAUUCAGCAAACACACUGAUACCUGCCUACUCUGUACUGAGCCUUGUGCUGCCGCUGGGCAGGCCGGGAACUCGCUUUGGGGUGAGUGAGGGGGAGGAUGGCUGAAGGGUCCCUCCUGGCCACCCUCAUCUCAGCCUUGGUCACCAGGACAUCCGAGAAGGGUGGAUGCGGUGGGCGUGGCCAGUCUCAGGUGAGGUUGGGGUCCCAGGUGUUGCCCAGCUGUUGAGAAAGUGCCUUGUUCCAGGCAUGCCUGGGGGCCGGGUGGGUCCUGAGGGGGUAAGGCCCCCAAUCUCAUCCUCUUGCAUGUCCGUCAAAGCUUGGCGUGAGGCGUCAGCCAAUAAAUCUGCUGUGACUGAUCCCUCA